AUGAGUGGUUCAGCGUCGUCAGAAACAACGCAUGUCAUUCGUAGUCGUUCUUCGUCGCCCUUCUAUCUCACUCAUAGUGGAUCGAGUUCAGCUAAUACACAAAUGAGCAUCGCAUCUGAUCUUAUUCUUCAAAGUUCGGGUUCAAGCGAUCUCCUGUUGAAAGGUCAAAUUCAAGGGAAUGCACAAAUCACUAUUUUGGGUUUAGGGUCAUUGAAUGCCUUCGAGUAUCCGAUCGGCAUAGCGGACGUCAGUGUGACAGGACGCGGAGAUGCCUACAUCAAGAGCGAGCAAGGAAUCCCCGCAUAUGCUGGUGGAAGGGCCAGUAUUGUAUACCAAGGACCAUUAUUAAGUAAAAAGACGCAUGAAGCCGCCUAUUUAAAAGCAAAUCAUCCACAUGAAAAUAUUAAACGUUCAGAAUUCAGUGGCGGUAUCUCUGCCAUGUGUCGUCGAACAAAACAUAAAACAAAAAUUAAUCGAGAAAAACUACGUUCAUUCGAUAAUAUAGACCGUCAGGGGCAUGUACAAGAUAAUGAACCCUAUCAUGAUGGCAUGAAACGAACUGAAGACGACAAUGACGAAAAAUCAACAAACGGAGAUAGUAUUGAUGAUGAUGAUGACAAUAAAAAUACUGGUAACAGUUUGGUACCAAAUGAUGACGAAGAAUCCAUUGAUUUUCCAGUGAACACUUCUCGCUCAACGAGUCCAAGUGAGGCAAACGAUUCUCCUGCGCCGAGUCUACAACCGAUAAUAAACACGUCUUUAGCUGACAACAUACACCGUCGAUCGGAUUUUACAGCACAUGACAUCGCAGCAUCGCAAGUUAUUAUGAAAGUUCGACGAUGUUUGAACAAUCAAGAUAUGGAUUACUUAUGUAAGUGGACAAAUGCACUUCAAGUUAAAAAUCUGCCAAAAUGUUGGGCAUCCAUUGUGAACAAAAUUAACAAGUUUAGUAACUUGAAUAUUAAAUCAAAACCUUAUCGGAUAUGUUCACAAUGUAGUUCAACUAACAAACUAAUAUGUACAAAGUGUAAACAUUGUCAGUGUGAAAAAUUAUUUGAUUUUUACCAGUAUCCAUUAAUUCCACAAGUUCAGCAUCUUUUAUUGAUACCAAAUAAUUAUUCAAAAAUGAAACAUACACGUUUUGUUAAUGCCGAGACACUUUAUAACACAACAUAUGGAACAAUAUUAAAUGAAAACAAAGAAAAUUCAUUUACAAUGUUACUGAACAGUGAUGGCAUUGUCACACCGAAUAAACAUUUAGCUUUAUGGCCUGUCAUUUUGAUGGUAAACGAAAUUCCGUUUCCGUUUCGUCGCUACACAGAAAAUGUACUAUUAGCUGGUGUUAUUCAUGCUCCCAAAAAACCUACUGCCGCUGUGAUCGAAACGGCUUUAGACCUAAUUACAGAAGAAUUAUUAGAACUUGAAAAUGGUCUUAAAUUCUAUGUACCCGAAUUGAGAACAACAACAACAUUUCAGUUUUAUUUGAUAGCCACCUGCAAUGAUAAGCCGGCAGAAUCCUCAAUAGGGAAUAUGACAGCCCACAAUGGAUUAUAUGGAUGCAAAAAAUGUUUUGCAGAAGGCGAGGUUUAUCAUGGUCAAACUGUUUACAAAAGAAAUGUGAAGCGGUUUAAUAUACGUGUUUAUCCAUACGAAAUUGCCGAAUUACGUACAUCAGACGAAUAUAAAAAGGUUAUUGUUGACAUAGAAAAUGAAGAAAUUGAACCACCAUCAAUGGGUCAUUAUGUGGAUACAUUACACGGCGUUUACAGCGGUGUUUUCAAAAAACUGUUAACAUUAUUUUUCGACAAAACACACCGUAAAGAAAAAUGGUCGUUAUUUCGUCGUAUCGAAGACAUCGAUAUUGGCCUGUCGUUAAUUACAAUCCCAUCAACAACAACAAGACGUUUUAGGGGUCUCAAAAACUUUAUGAAAUUCAAAGCCAAUGAAUAUCGAUCGUUGUUUCAUUUUGGUGCUUCAGUAUUUUCUGAAUUUCUUAAAGAACCAUAUCGCUCAAAUUAUUUGCAGUUUGUGACUGCAAUCAAUUUGGCAUCUGAAGAUCAUAUUACAAGUGAAAAUAUGGAUCUGAUAGAAAAAUUAUUAGAUAGUUUUGUGAAACAAUAUCAACAGCUGUAUGGAUUGAGACAUAUGCAAGCGAAUGUCCACUCCAUGCUGCACAUCCAUCAGACAGUCCGUUUUAUAGGACCAUUAUUUAUUUGCUCUACAUUCAAUUUCGAAAGCAUUGGGCAUGAUUUAGUAUCAAUGAUUCAUGGCACCACCGAAUAUGGCAAACAAAUGAUCAUGAACCACAUUUAUUAUCGAGAAGCAAUAAUAACGACACAACAACCAGAUUAUCCAGCACCAUUGUUAAACUUCGUUGAAGAUAUUAUGUGCCGGAAAAAAGUACUCAAUCUGUCCUACACAAAAAUGUUCAAUUAUCAUCUAUCAAGACCCGUCGAUAUAAAUUUAUAUGAAAAUGAAUUACAACGUAUUCAUUUAUUUUUGAAUAACAAGCCUUUCCAGCUACAUCAUUCAAUAGUUGUCAAUAAUUGUACCGAUAAAACCAAUUUAUCAUCCAAAAAUCCUAAAUUCAAUGACAGUUGUGUAUCAUUUAGAUUUGGUGCUGAGGCUCGGUUUGGUCUUAUACGUGCUGUUAUCUCAACCAAUGUUAAAAUUUUACUUCUAAUUGAGCAAUUAACUGACAACGAUAACAAACUUCGUUUUCGUCACAACAAUGUCGUUUCAACAGUGCGCAAUAUAUUUUACUUAAAACGAUCACAACUAUAUCAUCUACGUUCUCCCAAUGAUCUGAUACAAAAACAUUGUUAUCGUUUUCGUCCGAACAAUGUAAUUCAUGUGUUUAAAUUUAAUAAUUUGAAGGAUAGUAGCUGA